AUGGAACUUCUACGUUCGGACAGCUCAGUAGAAGACAACAUUUCCUCUGAAAAUGCCACCAACGUAACAUCUACUGCAAUGUACACUGAGUUUCUAGUCCGGCACCUCCACCUUUAUACCAAAGAUAUUCACUUCAGACGGCAUCAAGGGCGACACCCUGAUCAACUUUGGCCUAAGGUGGGACUAGACAUUUACCACUUCCUCUUGGCCUGCGAGUCCUUCUGGGAGACCAUAGCCAGUGAUUACACGGACCAGAACUGGGAAGAGAUGCAGCGAUGGCUGAAGAAGGAGCCGGGAGUUUUUGACCAGACCCCCAUCGUGAAAUACAUCUCCAAGUCCUUCCGGGAGAUCAUAGCCAGUGAUUACUCUCUCCAGAACUGGGAGGAGAUGCAGCGAUGGCUGAAGAAGGAGCCGGGGGCUUUCGACUGGACCCCCAUUGUGAAAUACGUCUGUGAGCUGGAGGGAGACAGGGAAAAAUGGCCAGAGAAGGAAGAGAAACUCCGAAGAUCCAUCAAGCAGUACCUGAAAUGCGACGUGACCCAACCCAACCCUUUGGCCCCGCUGGUUCUUCCUUCUGCAGAUUGUCUGCUUUCCACUCUGUGCUUUGAUGGGUCUUGCAAGGACAUCCCCACCUACCGAUCGGCCUUCAGGAACAUCAGUUCCCUUCUGAAACCAGGGGGGCACCUUCUCUUUCAUUCAACGGUUGAGAAUAAUUAUUAUAUGGUGGACCAACACAGGUUCUCUGCCCUCUACUUGGAGAAAGGGAUGGUCAAAGAGGCAGUGAGACAGGCUGGCUUUGUCAUUAAGUGGAUUGAGGAGACCAGGAACACCCUUCCCCCUUCUCUAGUUGAUGGGAAGGUGAGAUGUGUCCUUCUUGCUGAGAAAUGUAGCACGUGAAAUA